CUAAGUGACCCCUCAGGCCAGUUACUAGUGCACUGCAAAUCAAAGGAGGACGAUCUUGGACUUCAUUAUAUUGCAGUAAACGACGAAUUUCAAUGGCACUUUCGUAACGAAGUUUUCAAGCAGACUCUGUUUUGGUGUCGUUUGCAGCCAUCCCACAACAUUAGAGCGGCUGCUUUUGAAGCUUACGUAAACAACGAAGAUCAAACUCCUAAGGAAUAUGGAUACCAUAAUUACUGGAUUGGUAAAGACGAUGGAGUCUAUUCCAAAAGGAUGAAUCACAAUAAUAAUCAAUGGGAAGAAAAACUGCAGUUUCGUUGGGAAUAG